GCUUCAUCUCGUUGCACUUGUAAUUGCAGUGCUAUACAGAGUUAGCAACAGGGAAAAGGUUUUAUUCAAAACCCAAGGUACUCUCUUAUCUCAAGCUUGUCGGGGAGAAUAAUGGUGACAACUCUAACCAGCAGGCAUUACCUGGAACUAAACUGCUGCAACCAGAGCUUCUUCCUUUACUACCAGAAGAAACCUACAACUCAGCAGUUUCAGGAAACGUGAGGUUUCCCCUGGUUUCCAAAGAUGAAGAAGGAUCAUCCACCCAACAAAUCACUAACAAUCCAGCUCUCCAAGCUUGGGAGGCCACAGCCAUGGAAGAAGAC